AUGGCAAUCACCAAAGUCAUCAUACCUAUUGCAGGUCACGGCACGAGAAUGUUUCCUGCAUCAAAAGUCAUGCCAAAGGCUCUCUUUCCAAUCCUUGAUCCGAAAGAUAAACUUUGCAAGCCUAUUUUAUUAAUAAUUAUUGAACAUGCAGUGGAGGCGCUACUUGCAGAACAACCAGAAAUCGGAUGGGAUGAUAUUCAAGUUUGUAUUGUCAUGCAGGAAAAUCAGAGGAGUAUUAUAGAGGAAUUUUUCAAUGCGCCUUGUGCUUUUUCUAUGGAAGGAAAAGCAAAGGAAAUUCAAGAUUCGAUGAGAAUGAUUGAGAAAAUUUCAAAAACUCUGACUUUUAUUGUACAGGAGGAACAACUUGGAUUUGGACAUGCAUUGUUGUGUUGUGCUGAUAAAUUCAUUAAGGAGAAUGAGGCAUUUAUUGUCUUGUUGGGAGAUCAUAUCUAUACAUCGAGGACUCAAAGUGGAAAAAGUUGUUUGCAGUAUGCUGUUAGAGCUUUUAACAAGUUCAAUAAGGCUAUUGUCACAUUGGAUACCAUUUCAGAAAAACAUACGUAUGCAAAUGGUGUGCUAAAGAUUGGACAAGUAUUGGAGAAGGAGAGUGAGGUUGUUUAUACGUCCAUUCUGACUACUAUUGAGAAACCGAACAAGAUUCAAUGUGAAAAUCACAAUCUCUAUAUAACAGAGGAGGAGUUACAAAUGCUUGAAGUGGAGAGAACAUGUAAGAAUGAAAAUGAUGUUGUCUGCUAUUUUGGCAUUGACAUUUUAACCUAUGAAGUGUUUACCCAUUUGAGAGAAAAUUGGAAAUGUGGAAAACUUCAUAAUGGUGAACUUAAUUUAAGAGAAGCUAUGUGUCCCACUAUUGAACGUGGAGAUAUGGUUGGUGUUUUUGUUAGAGAUGCUUCACGGCACGAUACAGGAUUACCAUUUGAGUAUUGGCAAUCACUACAAGAUUUUUACAAUAAUAUCAAGAAUAAAUAG